CUCCAUCUGUCAGUGCUACCUGCCACAACAAAGUAGCAAAUUCACGGCAAUAUUUUGGCAAAUUAUCCUUAUCUCGGUGAAAAUUUGAUAAAGCACAGGUUUGCUUCACAGCACACAAAAACGGCCCAACGAGCGUGCGGGUUAAAAUGCCGUCCAGAACCGGUUUGCUGACGGCAGUCCAUCUGGCCAACAUUGCCAAAACCCUUUCCGCCACACGGCCCUACGCAUUGAACACGCUGUACCUACAGUUUCAUCCGCAAGUAGCCGCAAACGUAAGUUGUCCGCUGGCGUUGGGUCGAUUCGUGGCCAGCGUAUACCAAUCGUCCGUCACUUGGCUGGGAUCCGAGGUGGAUUUGCGCAUCGUGACCGGAUCGCUGCGGCCAAACGGUGCAAGCUUCGACUCGUUCGUCAACCGAAAACGACCCUCAACGGUCGACUGUCUGUUCUAUGACUAUGCGUUAAGUUCCAGUUCCGGUGGUGAAAAAUGUCUCACCGAACGGUAUCCGGGGGUGAAGGUGGUGGAGCUAGAUACGGUCGGUGUGGAGCAGCCUUCGCUACCAGCUGGACUGGAUAGCACGUUAAAGUCCUAUCGAAAUGUGGUGCUCGGUGGCACGUUCGAUCGGAUUCACGCCGGCCAUAAGGUGCUACUUACGCAAGCGGUACUGCUUGCCACGGAACGUGUCGUGGUCGGCGUUACGGACGGUGCUAUGAUCAAGAGCAAAAAGCUGCACGAACUCAUAAUGCCCGCCGCACAACGGAUAGAGCAUGUGCGGGAGUUCCUGGAAGACGUUGAUCCAUUCCUACGGUAUGAAGUCGUUCCCAUACUUGAUCCUUUCGGGCCCACCGCCACCGAUCCAAACAUGGACCUAAUUGUGGUCAGUACCGAGACGGCUCGUGGUGGUGCCAAAGUGAACGAACUGCGCGCCCAGAAUGGGUUGAACCAGCUGGAAGUGCACACCAUCGAACUGCUCGACGACGAAAGCACCAUCGAGGACAAGGAGGAUAAAAUCAGUUCCAGCAACCAGCGGAUGGAUUUGCUCGGAACACGGUUACGACCCCGGAAGCCCGCUCCAGCCCACAUCCCGGCAAAACCUUACAUUAUCGGUUUGAUCGGUGGAAUUGCUUCUGGUAAAAGCAAAAUGCUCGAACGCUUUCGGGACUUUGGUGCAGGCAUCAUUGACUGUGAUAAGCUCGCGCAUCAGCUGUACGAACCGGAAGAGGAAUGCUACCAUCAGGUGGUGACCACAUUCGGACGCGAAAUCCUAAAUCCGGACGGUACAAUCAAUCGAAAAGCGCUGGGCGCUAUUGUGUUUGCCGAUCAGAGCAAACUGGAGCAGCUGAAUGGGAUUAUGUGGACGGCGAUUGCGAAGCGUGCGAAUGAGAUUAUCCGUACGCUGUACGAGGAGCACGGGAAGGAGGUGAUCGUGAUGGAGGCGGCGGUGAUGCUUCGUGCCGGAUGGCAGAAUAAUUGCCACGAGCUGUGGUCUUGUAUCGUGCCACGGGAGGAAGCCAUUCGAAGGUUGAUGGAACGGAAUCAGCUCGAUGAACAGGAUGCGAUACGGCGUGUAGAUGCGCAACCGACGUCCAAUCAGGAGAUGGUACAAAACUCGGAUAUUGUUUUCUGUACGCUGUGGAGUUACGAGUACUCCCAGCAGCAGGCGGAAAAGGCGUGGGCCAUCAUUCAACGGGAUUUGAAGCUGAAGCUAUGAAUGGGCAGUCGCCAUGCUCAUGCGAACGAACGAAUAUAACGGUGUUAUUUUUUUUUAAUAUCGACAGAACACGUUGGUACCUUUUGUUAUGUUACAUUUUAUAGUAUGGCGGGAAUAGGCUUUUGUAAAAACUUUUUGUUGGGAAUUAAAGAUUAGGACGAAAUAAACCAAAU